UGUGAUCUCUUCCCUGCUUUGCGCUUAAUGGAAUUAUCAGAAAAUGCAGACAGGAGGUCAUAUAUUCCAUCAAAUAAUAGUAAUAGUGCUAUAUGCAUGUUCUGAUAUUUAUUUUAAGAUUAUAUGAAGAAGAUGAGACCAUUACUGAAGUAUUAAAGUCCAAGAGCUUUACAGACGCACGCAAUGUUGAAUUAGGAUGUGAAAUCUAAUCUCAGACACAGAGAUAGCCGGAAAUUACACAUUUCCACUAUGAAUAUAUUUGUGCUUAACAUACUACACCUGUAGACUUAAACAGACACAUAAUCUGAAAAACCAUCUGUUGAUCAUUGCUAUCUUACGACACAUUGCAUUCGAUAUUAAAAUGAACAGCAUAAAUACACAUAUUCUGCCACUUCAAUACAUUCUGGAGGCGUUACAGCUAAUAGUUUAUGUCGAAGUCGAUUUGAAACGACAAAAUAAGAAGCGGGAUGAAAAAUAUUCAUGAAUGGCAAUUUGUCAGAGUUGGAUCAGUCCAUUUGUUACAAAGGUGUGCGUCUUUCUUGAUUUCUGUCUUGUAUACUGGAGGAACAGUUUCAUUUAAGAAUGGACGUGAAGUGACGAGGAUAUAAUCUGAUGGCACCACGAUGCUGCACGUUAAAAGCAAGUCCCUUGCCACUGCGCACAACAUAUAAUGCGACUUUCUGAUUCUGGGGCUUUAGUGGUAUAACCAAAUCUAUCAGGAGCGCGAGAGGGUUUAUUCACUUUUUAUGGACCCGGGGAAAAUACACCGCAGGGGUGAACAACGUAGAUCUAUAUUCCUUCGUCGCGACUUUUCACAAUGUCUACCAAAGCAGAGCAAUUUGCCUCUAAGAUACGGUACUUGCAAGAGUAUCACAACCGCGUGCUUCACAAUAUUUACCCUGUGCCAUCUGGAACAGACAUUGCAAACACACUGAAAUACUUUUCCCAAACCCUGCUCAGCAUUCUAUCCCGUACAGGCAGGAAGGAGAACCAGGAAGCUUCCAAUUUGGCCGUGCCCAUGACCAUGUGUCUUUUUCCUGUGCCAUUCCCACUCACCCCAUCUCUAAGACCACAAGUCAGUUCCAUCAACCCUACAGUUACUCGCUCCCUCCUUUACAGCGUUCUGCGCGAUGCCCCGUCUGACCGCGGGGGGCAGCAAAGUCGGGACGCACAGCUCUCAGAGUACCCCUCUCUGGACUAUCAGGGGCUCUAUGUGACGCUGGUGACCUUGCUCGACCUGGUGCCCCUGCUGCAGCACGGUCAGCACGAUCUGGGACAGUCAAUAUUUUACACUACGACUUGCCUCCUCCCUUUUCUCAGUGACGAUAUUCUGAGCACUUUGCCCUACACUAUGAUUUCCACUCUAGCCACCUUCCCCCCCUUCCUGCACAAGGACAUCAUUGAGUACCUGAGCACCUCCUUCCUGCCCAUGGCCAUAUUGGGCUCCACUCGAAGAGAGGGGGGCGUCCCAGCCUACGUCAAUCUCUCCGCCUCUUCUAUGCUAAUGAUUGCUAUGCAGUACACCUCAAACCCUGUCUACCACUGUCAGCUGCUGGAAUGCCUUAUGAAGCACAAACAGGAAGUAUGGAAGGACUUGCUAUAUGUCAUAUCCUAUGGACCAUCCCAAGUCAAGCCCCCUGCUGUUCAAAUGCUUUUCCAUUACUGGCCGAACCUCAAGCCUCCUGGUGCUAUCAGUGAGUACAGAGGACUACAGUACACAGCCUGGAACCCCAUCCACUGCCAGCACAUCGAAUGUCACAACGCCAUAAACAAGCCUGCCGUCAAGAUGUGCAUCGACCCCACCCUUUCUGUUGCUCUGGGAGACAAGCCCCCUCCUCUGUACAUAUGCGAGGAAUGCAGCCAGAGAAUCGCAGGGGACCAUGCAGAGUGGCUUCUUGAUGUGCUCUUGCCACAAGCAGAAAUAUCUGCCAUUUGCCAAAAGAAGAACUGCAGCUCCCACGUCAGGAGAGCGGUCGUCACCUGCUUCUCAGCCGGUUGCUGUGGGCGCCAUGGCAACCGCCCUGUUCGCUACUGCAAGCGUUGCCAUGUCAACCACCACAGCAGCGAAGUGGGGGCCUCUGCGGAGACCCACCUCUACCAGACCUCCCCCCCUCCCAUCAACACGCGCGAAUGUGGAGCUGAGGAGCUGGUGUGCACUGUGGAGGCUGUGGUGAGUCUGCUGAAGGAAGCGGAGAUCCACGCAGAGCUGCGGGAGUACGAGAUGAACAAACGCCGACAGAUGGGCCUGUCAGCUUCUCACCACUCCUUGGACAACAUCGACUUUGACAACAAAGAGGACGACCAGCAUGACCAGAGGCUGCUCAGUCAGUUCGGUAUCUGGUUCCUGGUGAGCCUGUGCACACCGAGUGAGAACACGCCCACGGAGAGCUUGGCCCGGCUGGUCAGCAUGGUGUUCCAGUGGUUCCACUCCACCGCCUACAUGAUGGACGACGAGGUGGGCAGCUUGGUGGAGAAGCUCAAGCCGCAGUUUGUUACCAAGUGGCUGAAGACGGUGUGCGACGUGCGCUUCGACGUCAUGGUCAUGUGCCUGCUGCCCAAGCCAGUGGAGUUUGCGCGGGUGGGAGGUUACUGGGACAAGUCGUGCAGCACGGUGAUACAGCUGAAGGAGGGUCUCAACCGGAUCCUGUGCCUGAUCCCCUACAACGUCAUCAGCCAGCCGCUUUGGGAGUGCUUCAUGCCCGAAUGGCUGGAGGCCAUCCGCACCGAGGUGCCUGACCACCAGCUCAAGGAGUUCCGGGAGGUUCUCAGUAAGAUGUUUGACAUUGAGCUGUGCCCACUGCCUUUUUCCAUGGAGGAGAUGUUUGGGUUCAUCAGCUGCCGGUUCUCGGGGUACCCGGCGUCUGUCCAGGAGCAGGCUUUGCUCUGGCUCCACGUGCUAUCAGAGCUGGACAUCGUGGUGCCUCUCCAGCUGCUGAUUGGCAUGUUCUCUGAUGGAGUGAACUCACUGAAGGAGCUGGCCAAUCAGCGGAAAGCGCGGGCGACGGACCUGUCAGGAAACACAGGGGCUCGAAGGGUGAGCGUGGUGUCGGAUCCGGGAAGGCGUGGCCAGCACAGCACCCUGAGCCCCUUCCCUAGCCCCUUCCGCAGCCCCUUCCGCAGCCCGCUGCGCUGCAGCCCCUUUAAGAACCUGGGCCACGCCCCCGCUCACUGCGCCCUCGACCUGGACUGCGAGGACGACGACAUGAACCUGGGCUGCUUCAUCCUGAUGUUCGACCUCAUCCUCAAGCAGAUGGAGCUGCAGGACGACGGCGUGACGCUGGGCCUGGACAACAGCCUGGCCAAGGACAUCAUGGGCAUCGUUAACAACGUCUUCCAGGCGCCGUGGGGCGGCUCGCACACCUGCCAAAAGGACGAGAAGGCCCUGGAGUGCAGCCUGUGCCAGUCCAGCAUCCUGUGCUACCAGCUGGGCUGCGAGCUGCUGGAGAGGCUGGCCCCCCGGGAGGAGAUUCGCCUGGUGGAGCCCACAGACAGCCUGGAGGACACGCUGAUCUUUCCCCGGGCUGAGUUCUCCAUAGGCAAUGACCAAGGGCCUGAGGAGGGAGACAACCCUGCCGGCAGACAGGCAGACAACCCCGGCAAUCAGAGCCACUCCCCGGACAACCCUUCCAUGAGGAACAAUGCUGAAAAGAAGUUCUCCUACCAGCAGCUGCCAGUGUCCCUCAAGCUCAUUUACACCAUACUACAGGAAAUGGCUAAAUUUGAUGAGCCAGACAUCCUCUUCAACAUGUUGAACUGCUUGAAAAUCUUGUGUCUUCACGGCGAGUGUCUGUAUUUGGCCCGCAAAGACCACCCUCAGUUCCUUGCCUAUGUCCAGGACAAGAUGCUGAUACCCAGCCUGUGGCGUAUGCUGAAGUCUGAGUUCUGCCAGCUGGCCUCCCUGGCAGUGCCCCAGCUCCUGCAUGCCCUCUCCCUGUCCCACGGUGCUGACAUCUUCUGGGGGAUCGUGGACAGCCACUUCAACAGCAAGGACUGGAAGAUGCGUUUUGAAGCAGUGGAGAGAGUGGCCGUGCUGUGCCGGUUCCUGGACAUCACCUCCGUGAACAAGAACCACCUGCUGAAGUACUCGCUGGCCCACUCCUUCUGCUGCUUCCUGGCCGCCGUGGAGGACGUGAACCCGGCCGUGGCCACCCGCGCCCGGCUGCUCCUGGACACCAUCAAGAGGCCCGCGCUGCAGGGCCUGUGUCUGUGCCUGGACUUCCAGUUCGACACGGUGGUGAGGGACCGGCCCAUCAUCCUGAGCAAGCUGCUGCUGCUCCACUUCCUCAAGAAGGACGUCCCGGCACUCAGCUGGGAGUUCUUCGUCAAUCGCUUCGAGACGCUGUCCUUGGAGGCCCAGCUGCACCUUGACUGCAACAAGGAGUUCCCUUUCCCCACCACCAUCACGGCCGUGCGGACUAACGUGGCCAACCUGAGCGACGCCGCCAUGUGGAAGAUCCGACGGGCGCGCUUCGCGCGGAACCGGCAGAAGAGCGUGCGCUCCCUGCGCGACAGCGUGAAGGGCCCGGCCGAGUCCAAACGGGCCUUCUCCCUCCCCGAGACGCUGAGCAACAGACUGCCUCUAAGGCUUGCGAGGCAAGAGCAGUCUGCCCCAACUCUGGGAGAUAUGAUAGAGAAAGUCCUGCCAGCGCAAUUUCUCCUGCCCUGUAACCCUGAUGGUUCAGCCCCUCUCCUAGGCCAGAACACGCCUGAGGAUGACUCAAUCAUUAAGGACCUGCAACCAGAGGAUGCUGGGAUAGACCACCAGACGGUGCACCACCUGAUCAUGGUGCUGAUGAAGUUCAUGGCGAAGGACAAGAGCAGCGCUGAGGCGGACAUCGGCAGCGCCAAGGCCUUCAACACGGUCAAGCGCCACCUCUACGUGCUGCUGGGCUAUGACCAGCAGGAGGGCUGCUUCAUGAUCGCUCCACAGAAGAUGAGAACCUCCACCUGCUUCAACGCCUUCAUCGCCGGUAUCGCUCAGGUUAUGGAUUACAACAUUGGACUGGGGAAGCAGCUGCUCCCCCUGGUGGUGCAGGUGCUGAAGUACUGCACCUGUCCCCAGCUGCGGCACUACUUCCAGCAGCCGCCCCGCUGCUCUCUCUGGGCUUUGCGUCCACACAUCCGUCAGAUGUGGCUCAAGGCCUUGCUGGUCAUUCUCUACAAGUACCCCUACCGAGACAUGGACGUGAGCAAGGUGGUGCUUCACCUGAUCCACAUCACUGUCAACACCCUGAACGCCCAGUACCACAGCUGCAGGCCCCACGCCACCGCGGGGCCUCUGUACAGCGACAACUCCAACAUCAGCCGCUACAGCGAGAAGGAAAAAGAGGAGGACAGCGUGUUUGAUGAGUCUGACAUCCAUGAUACCCCAACUGGGGCAGGCAACAAGGAGUCUCAGACCUUCUUCGCCCGACUGAAGAGAAUUGGGGGCAGCAAGUCCGUGAAGUACCAGCCUGUGGAGCUGAAUGCUCAGAAAAGUGAAAUUGAGCUGUCGGAGUAUCGCGAGGCCAGCGCCCUGCAGGACAGCAUCCUGCGCUGCGUGAGGGAGGAGAGCACAAAGAAGAAGCGGCUGCAGGCCAUGCACAAGCAGAAGUCCCUGGACAUCAGCAACACCGACUCAAUCCUCUUCAACUUGGACGAGCAUCGCAGGAAGUCCUGCAUCGACCGCUGUGACCUGCACGGCCCCCCGGCCUCCGCCUACAAUGCGCGCCAGGGGGACCACCACACUAAGGGGUCCUCCGAUGGCUCCUCGGGCAAGGCGGACGGCAACGACAACCAUGACCGGCGUGGCUCCAGGGACAGCAAGAGGCCCGUCAUCCCAGAGGUGCGACUGAGCUGCAUGGAGACCUUGGAGGACAAGCUGGACUCCCCCGAGGACACGUCGGAGGCCAAAGAAGACCCCGACCUCAUUGACCUCUCCUCUGACUGCACCUCCAUCCCUGAGAAGCACUCCAUCCUCUCCAUGUCCGACAGCGACUCCCUGGUCUUUGAGCCCCUGCCGCCCCUUCGGAUCGUGGAGAGUGACGAGGAGUUCGAGAACCCCCCUGGUGAUAAGCCCAACGGGAGGCCGCCUGUAUCCCCGGCCGCCAGCAACAGCUUCCGCCCAAAGCCUGUGGUGCAAGUGAGCGUGGAGGAGUGCCAGGCCCAGGACCCUCCAGGAAGCCCCUUGAAACCAAUGAGAAAGAGCCCUUCCAUGACCCCCACUGCCUCUCUGGAGCUUCCAGACAACAAAGAUCUCAUCCACACUGAAGACGUAAGUGACCAUUCCCACGAAAGCCCAUUGACCCUCAAGCAGAAGAGGGACCUUCUGAGAAAGACUCCCGCAGUUCCCGAAAUGUCCCUGGAUGAUGCCUGCACUCAACCAGAGGACAUCAAAGCUGGCGGGGGGUCGGGUGCCAGUCCCUCCGGGAGGUCCGUAUUCCUGAACAUCCCAGAAGAUGCGGGUUCUGACAACCAACCAGAGGGAGACGAGGAAGACUUUGGGGAGGAGGAGGACAGCGACCCCAAGAAUGAGGACGACAAUGAGGAAGCUGAGUUUAAGAUCCAGAUCGUGCCUCGCCAGCGCAAACAGAGAAAGAUCGCUGUCAGCGCCAUUCAGAGGGAAUACCUGGACAUCUCCUUCAACACUCUGGACAAGAUCGCAGACCAGGCCGGAGAUGCAGAUCACAGAGCUCUGUCCGCUCUGGAAAAGCCGCGGGAAUCCGCCUCGGCUCCCGCUCUCGAAGCCGCAAUCCCAGAAACGAGCAGCCGCUCUUCGAUAUCAACUCAGUACCGGCAGGUGAAGCGCGGGUCCCUGGGGGCCCUGACCAUGAGCCAGCUCAUGAAGAGGCAGCUGGAGCACCAGUCUAGCGCCCCGCACAACAUCAGCACCUGGGAGACGGGUGAGUGCCCAGCCUGGAGGCCCGCGUCUUCGGAAACUCGGGACCCAAAACCCACCUCCGCAGACGCCCUGCACGCUGCCUGCACCAAUCACCUCAAAGGUGCUACCAAGACCAGUCUUCUGUCUGCUCCCAGUACAGUCAGCAUGUUUGUGCCAGCCCCUGAGGAGUUCACGGAUGAGCAGCCCACCACCAUGACAGACAGGUGUCGUGAUUGUGGGGCGGUGCUGGAGGAGUACGAUGAGGACACCCUGGGGCUGGCAGUAGUGGUGCUGUCCAUGUUCAUCCACCUGAGCCCAGACCUGGCUGCUCCCCUGCUCCUGGACAUCAUGCAGUCUGUGGGCCGGUUAGCAUCCAGUGCUAAUUUCUCUGGCCAAGCCGAGAGCAUGUUGAUCCCGGGAAACGCCGCUGGCGUGGCCAAACAGUUCCUGCGGUGCGUGUUCCACCAGCUGGCCCCCAACGGCAUCCUGCCUCAGCUGUUCCAGAGCAACAUCAAAGAUGGAAGUUUCCUGAGAACUCUGGCUUCUUCUCUCAUUGAUUUUAAUGAACUGAGUUCUGUGGCUGCACUGAACCAGCUGCUGGAGGGUCUGAAUAAUAAGAAGAACCUGCCUGCGGGGGGCACUAUGCUGCACUGCCUGGACAACAUCGCAAGCUUCAUGGAGGCCCUCCCAAUGGACUCCCCCAGCAACCUGUGGACCACCAUCUGCAACCAGUUCCAGACCUUCCUCACCAAGCUGCCCUCUGUGCUACCGCUGAAGUGUCCCCUAGACUCCAGCUUAAGAAUCAUUAUUUGCCUGCUAAAGAUUCCCACUUCAAGCGCCACGAGGAGCCUUCUGGAACCCUUCUCCAAAUUGCUCAGCUUCGUGAUUCAGUACGGCGUCUUCAGCCUGUCCUACCUGGUGGAGCUGUGCGGCCUGUGCUACCGAGCCUUCAACAAGGUAAUAAGCCGCCCGCUUCGUCCCCUCCGUAACGGAAAAAAAAACAUGGCCGCGCGGUGAAGGAAAGGGCCGCGGUGUCUCUUUGAUGAAGUACCCAAUCAGGCGGUAUUGAUUUACAUAUUUCGGAGUGCUGGCGGUAAAUGCAUGGCCCGCAUAAGUGCACCUCUCCAUCAGUAAUGGAUGCGCCGGGGUAGGGCUGCUCGUGGGCCCUGCAGCGAGAGGCCGGCUGGAUGGCUCUCUACAUCACCACGCUUGUCACCGCUGCAGACUCCAUUUCCACCGCCUUUAUUGCUUUUGUCCCACACCGCCUAAUGUAUGCGUUGGAUUAAUUUAGCCAAUGCUCAAUGUGACCUAUUGCAUUUCAUGCACAGGAAAGUUUAUUGCAGUGAAGGCCUUUUCUCGACUAUUAAAGUGAGCUGCUGUUGCUGUUGGUGGUCUGGGAAAGGGUGUUAUAAUGGUUUAGGUGAA